ACGAUUCAAGCCUCAAAACUUCAAACUAAAACUCGGAUUCACAGCCCAAUGAAAGUUUCGUGGAUGUUUGCGUCGAUUUUGAAAUUUGUUUUUGUUUAAUUUUUGAUGCGUCUAAAGUUUAGUUGCCACUUUGUCGCUACCGCUUUAAAAUGUGCAAUUUGUUGUGGCUUACUGCCUGUUUUCUGUCAGUGUGGCUGCCCUUCGCCCUGAGCGAAACCAACGCUACACAUUUGAGUAGCCACCAGACGGAGACGAACACGAAGAUUGGCUCGGAGCCGGUGCCUACGGCAGAGAAACUCAUCCGAUAUAGACGCCAGCCGCCCUACUCUGUGAUCAAGGUACCAGGCAAACGCUCCAAGCAGCGACGCCGCACCAAGGGCCCACCACCAUCGAAGCUGAAGUACGGGCCGCCGGCGCCUGCCGGUCAUGGAUACCGACAUGGCUACCGCCACAAGCCAUCGUUCCCAGCGUCGCACAUCGAGGAGCCGAACUUCUCCAUUGAUGAUUUCCAGCAUCUAAAGUUCGAUGGCGGCGACUUCAAGCUGCCCACCUCCAGCUACGAGGCACAGUCCAUGGAUCUCGACUUCUACAGCCACGAUCCUGAGCCGGAGCCAGUGCCGGAUCUGUACGGAGCCCACAAGUUCCCCAGUCUCGACUUUAGUCUGGAUUCGCCGCACAUUUCCUCCAGCUCUGCCUUCGAUCAUGUGCCCCACCAGAAGUACGGAGUGCCACCACUGCAGCAGAGCUAUCAGCCAGCAGAUCACUCCUUCGUUUCCCACUACGAGCCACCACCACCUCCCAAGCCGCCCUCCACACGCUAUGGCAUACCCACUGCUCCGGCCCCGGUGCCCGUCCACCUGCCGCCCAGCUUUACGCAUUCUUCCAAGUAUCCAAAACAUCCCCCCGCUCCCGCUGCCGCUCAUCCCGACUCCUAUUCCAUUUACGAGCAAAAGAUUCCCAACGUUGGCUACCAUCAGCACUUUGCCGAGCCUCCAAAGCAGAAACAAAAGCCACAACCUGUCCACAGUUCCGACUUUGAGAUUGCCUACUCUCCGCCUGCGUUUGAGAUCAGCACCUCCUACCAGUCCAACCACCACGAGAGCUACAUUCCGCCCCACCAACCGCACGAGGGCAGCUUUGCCGAGCCUCCAGUGCAGCAGCAUCCGCCCAACAGCUACGCACAACCCCCAGAGCAUCCCUCCUCUGGAUAUGUAGAGCCUCCAGAGCAUCCCUCCUCCAGCUAUGUAGAGCAUCCCUCUUCUAGCUAUGUAGAGCCCCCACAGCAUCGUCCUCCCAGCUAUGAGCAACAUUCACCAAACAGCUACAACCAGCCGCCACAGCAUCCUCCCUCCUCCGAUUAUGCGCAACCGCCCCAGCAUCCUCCUUCCUUCGAUUAUCCCUCGAAUAGCUACGCGCAGCCUGAACCACAACCCAACCAUCCCAGCCAGGGUUAUCCGCCCGAGGACUAUUCGCCGCCCUCGCAGGAGCUGCCUCUGAACACACACCACAAAUUUCCCAGCUUUGAUUUCCCCAAGUCCAGCUACGAGGUGCCCAUCUACGAUCCCAUACCCUUCGAGGCAUCCACCAAGGAGGAGCAGCAGGAGUCCUAUCCACCCAUACUCUCGGAGAAUUCGCCCAUUCCAGUGCCCAACGACAUUGCCGAGGAGGAUGCCCAUGCGGCGGGCAGCUCGAAGAGCUCGACCAAGCGACGCAAGCGCAAACGAGUGCCCAACAAGCACACUCUGGAUGUGCCAGAACUGCAGCAGGCCUACGAUUCGGAUCGACAUAUAAGGGAAGAUCAAGCUGAUGCCGAUGCCGAUGCAAAUGGUUCCCACUAUGUGGAGCGGAAGCAAACAUUUGUAAACUUUGUGACACCCACAACAUCUACGACAACCACACCAUCACCAUGGAGUCCGAUGCUGCGAUUGCGUACCGCUUCCAGCACUCCCUUUAUACCUACAAUAGUGACAAGCACGCCAGCCACACGUACCACCACACAUACACGCGGCAGGAAUCGCGGCUCCUCACGCUAUCGAUCCACGCAAACUGCCUCCAUUCCGAGUCAGACACCCGAGCCCAUCUCCACCAGCGUCACCAUUGAGAAGUCACAUUCGAAGAGCUACUAUGAUGGCACCAUUUCACCGCCCACACACCAGCAGUUCUCCACUUAUGGAGGGCGUGGAACACGACCCACCAGACCAGCCUCCUUCGCAGCACUACAGCCGGCAUUAGCCAACCAGCGGACCACGAAAGGCGUCUUCGAUACGACGCUAUUUAAGAGUCCGCACAGUGACAGGGAGAUGGAGAGGAAUCGGAACAUCCAUGUGCUCCGCCAGAACUUGCCAAAAAACCACAAACUAUAUUAAAUCUUAAGAGGAAUCUGCGGAAACCGUAGUAGGCAAAAGCCUGAAG